AUGGACGCCCCGAUAGCCUAUGGCCCGCCCCGGCAGGUUACGUUCCAUGACGUUCUUUUUGAGAAACGAUGGGACUACCUCAAGGAUAUAAUCGUCCAGGCCUUUUUGGGAGACGCUACAAGCAGCCCACUCACAUUAGACAAACUUUCCGACUUCAUGAAGGAGCAACAUGGCUUUAAUGCAUUGCCCGCUCACUAUCGCUAUCGUCUCCGCCAGUGGCACAUUCGAAAAAAUACGAAGAAGGUAGAGAAGACUGCGGCGAUCACCGCCCUCGGGAAGCGCAAUCGUGUCGGAGGCAACACCUCGGAUGUGAAGAUUCGACAAGGGGAGUCGAUGAUGCCCAUGGACAGCAAACAGAUGAAGCGGUUCAUCAAAGACAGUAUCCGUCACCACUCUGUCCCGUCAUUGAUCCCUGGCAUAACAAUCUCCGACUGGCUGCAUGACUAUUGGAUGUACUGCUUCGUGACGGCUAAGUUCUGGGGCACCGGUCCUCAAGAAUGGACAGCCAGAAUGGUCGCAGAAUUUACACUUGGCUCACCCACUGAUGGAACGCCUCAGAACUCUCACUCACCUCUCGCAAGGAUCUCUGGACAAUCUCCACCCGGAUCCCGUUCUGCCGAAGGUCCGCGACCAACACAAAUAUGUCGUUGGGCCAUACAUCAAUCGGAUUUAGUGGAAUACGAGCCUUUGCCCUCUACUCCACGUGAAGAGCAAGCGGACUUUGAUCUCGGUGAUCAAUCAUCAUGGACUGAGUGGCCAGACUCUCGGAGGUCCCAAUCCUACCAAAGCUCCAUUCAUGAAACCUUUAUCAACAAUCGAUUCAGCACAACUGCCCCCGAGGAGGUUCCGAUCGCUUGUGAGGUCGUUUCAGAGGUCAUUUCGACAUCUGACAUGCCAUUGGCAUUGGACUCGUUGGCAUUUGCCAUUAUGGCUGGCAACAUAGAACUUAUCUCAAAAACUCUUUCCGAAAUGCGGCUUUCAGCCAAGACUUGGAGACUGGACUUCACGGUCUUGCGCUCCCACACGAACCUUUCUCCGGCAGAAGUCAGCACAAGCUCUGUACAGGCCGUGUGCCACAGCAUGAUGGCAAUGUUUUUGCCUUCGUCAAGGCCAAACAUCAACACCGUCAGCGGCCUCUUUCGACGACGUUGCACCAGCUGCGGGCUUGAGAUGAAACUAGGCCCGCUGCAUACUCUUGUGGCUGUCGCUUUCCAUCUGGCAGAGAAUGGAAAGAGUGGCGAAACGCUGUUUGGGGCACUGGCUUGUCUCGUCUGUCUCCUUGUACUAGGGGCCGACCCCGCUCAAGUUGCAGACUUGUCAGUGCUCGACAUAUUCUCGUCUCCUGAUGAAGAACAACACGAGCAGUUCAUGAAGUUUAGCUUCGAAUCGAAUCUGUGUGAUCGAUUCAACAACGAUGAAGACCGAGGCGAAACAUCAAAUGAGAGCGAUAGCAGCUCAUUGCAUGAUGAGUGGGGUGAGUGCCCGCUGUUCGAAGCACAUGAUCUCAUCGGCCUUCCCCGUGUUAACCAGAAUCUCGGCGUUCUCUGGGCGACAAUUCAAACAGAACUUCUCACUUACCGAAAGGUCAAUGUUGAUGAUGCAGCCAUCUCAGAUCACUUUCAACUAUCGUCUCUUUUGAGAUGGCUCGAAGGGGGAUCAGACACGUUCGAGACGCCUCUGCUCACUAACGGCAUGAUGGAAUCUCACAACCCAUGUGGGUGGUUUAACGAAUUGGAGAGCUCGUUCGUGGUCACAGCAUCUGAUGUGUGUUCAGAAUAUUUCAUGAAUAUGGACAUCUGGUCUCGGGCCUCUUUCAUUGAAGAGAUGAUCAUUGAGUGA